AAUAGUCGUGGUGGGUAAAAUUAGCCUUUGAAACAGACACCAAACGAUGGCCAUGUCUAGUUGUUCUACAAUGGACGAAAACUUGAUCCGCUCACCCAAAUGCGCCCGGUGCCGCAAUCAUGGUGUAACAUCAUACCUCAAGGGCCACAAACGAUACUGUCAGUGGAGGGACUGUACUUGCACUAAGUGCAGUUUAAUAAUUGAAAGACAGCGGUUGAUGGCAGCUCAGGUCGCUUUGAAGCGUGAAGAAGACGAUGUUAUUGUGUACCCAGAGACGUCACCAAGAGUUUUGCUUUACCGUCAGACAAGUCCUACGAGAGUGGAAGGCGUCGUUCGUCCAGUAAAUGAACCAAAUAAUAAUAAGCCGUACGCAUCUAAGAAUACUUCAAGCGAAUCGAUGGGAGAGUCGGAGGUGCCGUUUACACAGGGGUUACCAGUAAAGCGACGGUUUUCUGACAAAGAGACUGGGUCUUACAUUUCUCGGUCGCCGUCCGAAACAGCCGACGACGUGUUCAUCAAUGAAUCCGAAAAUGUGUCCGACAGUGACGUCAGCUCCCCGGAAAAAACGAAGAAGCACCGAGUCGAUUCCGACCAAAAUGGCCAUGACGGGUCAAGAAUAYCUAAUAGGGAAGGAGUGAAAGAURCAACUCAAAUCCCGCCUUUAGAGUUACUAGAGAGACUUUUUCCGACACAGAAGCUAAGUGUCCUUGAUCUUAUCCUGAAAGGUUGUWAUGGCAACGUCCUCCGGGCCAUAGAGUGUGUAUUACCGAGCCAUGAGAAAGCCCUAAAGCUAGCAAAGACCAGCGAGCCAGCGUUUGUGCAAUAUAGUCCGACUAUACGAACGCGGUUUACACCUCAAAGAACCGGGUUUAUCCCAAUUAAUGCCGUUCGUCCAGCGGCAUACCCGAUGUUUUCGAGUCACCCCGCAGCGUUACCAUAUCCCAUAAUGGAAUACGUAUCCCAUCAGCGACCACGAGUGCUAAGUGCGCCGUGUACUAAGAGCGCUUGCACAGAAGAGCAAAGUAUGAAGGCGCACGGAGAUAUGAAUAAUAUCCUGGGCCGAGUAUGUCCGGAAUGCUCCACAACAUGUUCACCGACAAGUAACUUUUGUUAUUCAUGCGGUAAAAGUUUUAAAGAAACGUAACAGAAACGAAAUGAAAUUUGUUGAAGAGCCCUCGUUAUGUAUUAAUUCCGACUUAAGCUGUGUAUUAUUAUUGACAUUAAAGUAUCUUUUAAUUUUU